AAAAAAGAUCUAUAAGCUGUCAGGUUCAUAGUCUUACAGAAUAUCUGACAUCUCACAUCAUUGUACCUGGGAAAACGAGGGACGUUCCACUACAUCACACAGGUUGGCUAUGAUGAUGGAUCGUUUUCAGAAUGAUGAGAAAUCUUUAUAUGCCUUUCAUACCCCUCAGACAAUUUAACAAGAUAGCGCAGAAGUAGAUCUUCAUCAGAAAACAGAUAGAAACAGAGCCUGUGGACAUUCUAAAAACCUAUUUUAGCCAAACAACUUAAACUUAUAUGGUAGUUCAUAACAGCUCAGUUUUUUUGGAACUUUCUACAGAUCUAGUCUUCAGUUUACAGAAGACAACUCACUCAACUCACUCGACUCGACAGAAUAUUUUCUACUCAUUUCAGCUGAGAUAUCACAAUAAUUGUUGAGAAUAUGCAGCCAAGCUUUGGUAGCAACUCCAAGCAAGCUUGGCUGCCCAUGCUAAUACCAGUCCUACUUCUUCUAAUAGGCCCUCUAGUGGUUAGAGGGCAAAAUGACACUGAGCCCAUCGUUCUUGAGGGUAAAUGCCUGGUGGUCUGUGAUUCCACACCCUCUUCAGAGCCAGCAGGGAAUGCGCUGGGUAUGUCAGUGCGUUCAGGUACUGGACGUGUGGCCUUCUCUGCCACUCGCCAAACAAACCAUGAGCCCACAGACAUGAGCAACCGUACCAUGAUCAUUUACUUUGACCAGAUCUUGGUGAAUGUGGGUGGUCAUUUUGACCAAGAAAGUAGUAUCUUCCUCGCUCCAAGGCGAGGGGUGUACAGCUUCAAUUUCCAUGUGGUGAAAGCAUACAACAGACAAACCAUACAGGUGAGUUUGAUGCUGAAUGGAUGGCCAAUGAUCUCAGCAUUUGCUGGAGACCAAGAUGUGACACGGGAGGCAGCCACUAAUGCUGGACUUGUGAUCAUGGAGAGAGGGGACAAGGUUUACCUCAAACUAGAGAGGGGAAACUUGAUGGGAGGCUGGAAGUACUCUACCUUUUCAGGCUUCCUGGUCUUCCCCUUGUAAAGGAUGAUCAUGUGGGGAAAGAGAUGAUCUGUGGGAGGAAAUGGAAAUGGGUCACAUUCUCUGCACUCUGGAGAAUAGAUUAAAGGGACAGUUCACCCAAAAAUUCAAUUUCUUCACUCAUGUCCCAGACUCAUUCUUUACUCAAGUUCCUCAUGUUCCAGACUCGUAUGACUUUCUUUCUUCUGUGGAGCACAAACGGAGAUGUUAGAUAGAAUUGAAGUCUUAGUCACCAUUGACUUUAAUUGUAUGAAAAAAAGAUGCAAUGAAAAAGAAUUGUGAAUGAGACUAAAACACAUUAACAUCUUUUGUGUUCCAUGAUAGAAGAAAGAAAGGACAUGGAACGACAUGAGGGUUAGUAAAUUAUUGUUGCAUUAAAAUUUUUGGGUGAACCAUCCCUAGUUAGAAGUGCUAGAUGCCACAAAAAUGGGAAAUCAAUGAUCAUGAAUGUUUUUCCUGUAUUUUAAUUUUGUCUGAGAGCAAAAAUGCACAGAAAAGUUUAUUCAAAUUAAAUAUUACUUGAAAAGAUUAGUAUUUGGAAAUGCCAUUACAAGUUAUAUGUCUGUAUUUUUUGUGUCAUGUAUUUCAGAUAUUAUGCUAAUGAGUAUGGUCAAAUUAAACAUUGUAUUUAUAGGAACAUAAAAUUGGACUGCCAUAAUAAUAUAUUUUAAAUUACGUAUUUAAUUUUCAUGUGAAAUUUCAGUUUUAACUGUCCAUUUUUGCCUGCUUACUGAAGUUUUUUUAAAAAAGAGAAUCCAUAUUAAACAGUAUUCCUUAACUAAGCACAAAUAUUUCUCUUCAUUCUGUGAGGUGAAAUAGAGCUAAGGUAGUCAGUACUUGAGAAGUUCUCUCCUUUAUGUUCCCUAAUGCUGUUACCUUUCUGAAUGAGGCAUUUCACCUAUAACAACAGCUGUUUGUAAAUAUAGCUCUCAGUAUCAGAGCUGGCACGGUUAACCUUAAAUCACCACAGAAAGCAGCAUAGCAUAAUGGAUAAAAACCACAGUACCACCGGUCGAGCAAUGGCAGAUGGAGUUUUUGGCAGGCAGACGUGCAAGUGUACACUGGACUCCUAUGGACCAUGUAGGGUGGGCUGUCAGAAUCGAUAAGUUAAACUUAAUUGGUUUAAAGACCCUCCCAUACACAUUCACACACUUAUUCACACAUGCAGCACAACAAAAUGACUAUGCAAUGAAUAAAGGUGGGGCAAAGUACAGGUGAUAGACAAGGUGAAUGUUUGAGGAAAGGAGAUUUUCAUAUUAACAACCACACUGUGUCACUCGAAGAAAGCAGGGCAUCAAAACCUGCUUAUCGUGAUAUGUUAAAUAAUCAUGCUUAAUACUUUUUUUGUGAAUGUAAGAGUUAUUUAUCAUUAACCCUCAAAUGCAUGAGAAUUUCAUGAAACACUUACAUAUUCGGGUAUUUAGAGACCCGACACUUAUCACAAAAGGAUCUACAAAAUGAAAACACAAUUUUUUAUAUAUAUUUAAUGUUUAUUUAAUUUUUCAUAUAUCAAAGAGAAAAAGCAACAAAUCCGGACAAAUCACAGGAUUCAUUAUUUUCCCACUGAACUUUCCUGAGAUGCAACUGGCUGUCAAAAACAUACUGAGCUACACAUAACACAUAUGAUAUAAGAUACAUAUAAGCUACACAUGACCUAAGUAUUUUCUCUGGCACUUGUUGAGUAUAAAAAGUUGUUGAUACAUAAUUAAAAUAAUUUCAGUAGUACACCCAAAUGACAAUAGUCAUAUACUUUUCAUGUGUUGUUCUUGGAAUAGUUUACUUCCAUGUUCUUUCUUCGUCAUAUAGAAAUGUCAAAUGUAAAUCACGACAAUCACUAAAAGAUCAGCGCCAUUAGAUGUGUAAGAAAUAAAAUGUAUAAUAUGUAUGUGUAGAUGCAUAUGCUGAUAAAUCACCAUUGUUGUUGAUUCAUUGUUGCAAAUUAACAUGCUAUAGUAUUUAUUUGUAUUAAUAUAGGACUCAU